UUGAUUGGAAAUUUCGCUCAUCUACCGUUCGGUGACGAGUAAAGCUCCUGCACCAAAGAAGAAAAUAUGAAUAUCGCUGAUCCGUUUGUGUCUGUGGAGUUUGAAGUUUUUGGAAAAGUUCAAGGAGUAUCAUUCCCUAAAUACUGCAAGGAUAUGUGCGAGCAACUUAGUAUAAGUGGAUGGGUAAAAAACACUAAGAAAGGAACUAUUCAAGGAAAACUGCAAGGACAAAAAUCUAAAAUAGACCACAUGGUGAUGUGGCUGUCGAGCGCGGGUUCCCCCGGCAGUCAGAUCGAAAAGUGUGAUCUCACCAACUGGCAAAACCUGGCACGACCAGACUACAAAGGAUUUCAAAUUAGAUUUUAGGUAUUUUAGUAUUUAAUUCCUCAACUAAAUAAUUAUUUUAUAUUACAUUGACAUUGUAAUAAGCAUGCAUUCUAAUGUUUGCAAGUUUAUGUGUAGUGUUAGAAAAAACAUUUUUUAAGUAAUAAAUAAAAUAGAAAUCUAUGGUUA